UCAUCAACUGCAGCAGCACAAGCAGCAGCAGCAGCGUCGCAUGAUAAUUCACUGCUCUGGCCCUGGACUGGCAACGAAAUGGCUUUCCUAUGUGCAACGCUGGCCACAGUAAUGAAAUGGCGACCUGUGGUGACAUAUCGAUGAUCUCGCCGCCAACGUCUUCCAUUUCGAACGAUCAAGACCCGUUUGGACAGCUGCCACCGUUACCACCGCCGUUGCGUUCCACUCAAGUGCUUCAGCCGUUGAGCGUAUUUCCAGUGUCCAAUUUGAGCGAAGAUUCUUACGAUUAUGUUUUUGGUGGUCGACGUAAGACUCCGCCCACAACAACGCCAACUCAACUUAAGCUGACCUCGCCGCCAGUGCGCCUGCGACCCGAAGACGCCUAUCGAGGUGAUAAUAUAAACAACGGCCGUUUCUAUCGUCAUUCCUUCAGCUACGCCCCCAAGCGCCAGCGCCACUCGAGCCGUGAUGAUCGUGACCGCGAGUCAAGAUUGAGAUGUCAUGGCGAGGAUGAGGCUACACUGCGCCAAUUGCUGCUCGAUUUGCAAAAGCAAGUUAGCGUGAUGAGCAUGAAUCUAUCAGCGAAACUCGAUGAGCUGCAGCGAGGCGAUCGACACCUGGAGACGACAGUCGCCUUGUGCGAAAUCCGCACACAGCUGCAAGAGCUGACCAAGUCCGUGGAGAGCUGCCAGAGUGAGGUAUCGGAGGUCAAACGUGACAUGGUGGCCAUCAAGCACGAACUGGACACCGUGCAGCAGGUGAAGGAGGAGAUUGAGGAGCUGCGCGAAUAUGUGGACAGACUGGAGGAGCACACGCACAGACGGAAGCUAAGACUUUUAGAACAAGGUCUCACCUUCUUCCUCACCUACUCCAUAUUCUCGGCGGUGCUGGGCAUGCUGCAAUUUGGCUACAACACUGGAGUCAUCAAUGCGCCCGAAAAGAAUAUUGAGAACUUUAUGAAGGAUGUGUACAAGGAUCGCUAUGGCGAGGACAUUAGCGAGGAGUUCAUACAGCAGCUCUACUCGGUGGCUGUCUCCAUAUUUGCCAUUGGCGGCAUGCUCGGUGGUUUCAGCGGUGGCUGGAUGGCCAACCGCUUUGGCAGAAAAGGCGGCCUACUGUUGAACAAUGUGCUUGGUAUAUCCGGCGCCUGUUUGAUGGGCUUUACCAAAGUUAGUCAUUCCUAUGAAAUGUUAUUCCUUGGCCGAUUUAUAAUAGGUGUUAAUUGCGGUCUCAAUACAUCAUUGGUGCCAAUGUACAUCUCUGAAAUAGCACCACUGAAUCUGCGCGGUGGUUUAGGUACUGUUAAUCAAUUGGCUGUGACUGUAGGUUUACUAUUAUCCCAGGUGCUGGGCAUUGAACAAAUCUUAGGCACUAAUGAGGGCUGGCCCAUUCUGCUGGGCCUGGCCAUAUGUCCAGCAAUAUUGCAAUUAAUAUUACUGCCAGUUUGUCCCGAGUCCCCAAGGUAUUUGCUCAUAACCAAACAAUGGGAGGAGGAGGCGCGUAAAGCACUGCGUCGUCUACGCGCCUCCGGCUCCGUGGAUGAGGACAUUGAGGAGAUGCGCGCCGAGGAGCGCGCCCAGCAGGCCGAGAGCCAUAUAUCGACCAUGGAGCUCAUUUGCUCGUCUACGUUGCGUCCGCCUCUGAUCAUUGGCAUCGUGAUGCAGCUGAGCCAACAGUUUAGCGGCAUCAAUGCCGUCUUCUACUACUCCACGUCGCUCUUCAUGAGCUCCGGACUGACCGAGGAAAUCGCCAAGUUCGCCACGAUAGGCAUUGGCGCCAUUAUGGUUGUCAUGACUCUGGUGUCCAUUCCGCUAAUGGAUCGCACUGGCCGUCGUACGCUGCAUUUGUAUGGACUGGGCGGCAUGUUCAUCUUCUCCAUAUUCAUAACGAUUUCCUUCUUGAUCAAGGAAAUGAUCGACUGGAUGUCAUAUCUGUCUGUGGUCGCUACGCUCGGCUUCGUGGUGUUCUUCGCCGUGGGACCCGGCUCCAUACCCUGGAUGAUAACAGCGGAGCUCUUCUCCCAAGGCCCGCGGCCCAGCGCCAUGGCCAUAGCCGUGCUGGUCAACUGGAUGGCCAACUUUGUGGUCGGCAUCGGAUUCCCCCGAAUGAAGAACUCUCUGGAGAACUACACAUUCUUGCCAUUUAGCGUUUUCUUAGCCAUAUUCUGGAUAUUCACCUACAAGAAGGUUCCUGAGACCAAAAACAAAACCUUUGAGGAAAUCUUGGCCCUCUUCCGUCAUAACAACGGCAGGAGUAUGCUAAACUGCACAAAUAGCUUGGAGCCACAAAGUAUGAAUUCUGGCAUCGAGCAUGCCGCCUUGAUGGUAUCUGAGGAGAAGACCCAACAUGACUCACCUGCAUCCGAGCGAUUUUUAGACGGCGGCCGAAGUACACACCAGGGCCGGAGCGCUGCCUCUGCGCCCCAUCACCUUCGUCAGCAAGCACCUGCCUGCCAGAACAGCGGGCCUUGACUGAGGAACGGCUCACCUCCUGAAACUGCCAGUGUACAUUCAACGAGUCGCGCUGAGGAGGAGCACCAGCAGCACCAGCAGCACCACCAGUCCUCCUCCUCCGCCAUCAACUCUGCCGCUGCAGUCGCAGCACAGCCCCAGCAUCAGCAUCAGCAUCAGUCCUGUUACACCUCACACGAUUACGUGCAUUGUAGCUAUGAGAAAGAUAUCGUAUGUGAUCAAGCGCCGCCGCUACUGUCGAACAGCACCCAACACAAGCAUGAGCCGCUCCAGCAGCAGGAGGCGGCAGCCGUCAUCUCGCAUUGCCAUCAAGCACAACAGCCAUCGCAGCGCAAGCACAGCCACAGUCACAGUCCGCAUCACAGUCGCCAUACAUCCCCGCACAGCCAUCACUCCCACCUGGGCCAGGGUCAGAGCCAGCAGGGUCAGAGGCAGUCACAAUCGCACUCGCACCAUCAUCAUCGCCGUCGACGCCGGCAGCACAGCGUCGCUGCUGUGGGGGGCAGCGGCAGCCUGCCUGGCGCCCACACCCAUCAGUCGUCCUCGGGCGGCGGGCAGAGCACUUCGCGGCAUGUGUGCAGCAGUCGGCGCCAUCGCUCCGUCACGGAUGUGUCCUGCAGCUCGAUUAACGCCUGCCAGGAUGCGGCAUGCGCCGACCGCGAGGUGCAGGAGAUAAUGGUGCGCAAAUCCUGCUGCAGCUCGUCCCGCACCGAGCUGGCCCAGUACUUUGCAGAAGACCUGUACGGCACUUCGUCGCGCCGGCCCAGCUCCUGCUGCACCAGCUCCGACUACUGCUACCAAACGGACUCCACUAGCCUGUACGGCUCGCGCUCCUCCCUGAGCCGCAACAACUCCAUCAAGUCCGCAUCGGCCGCCAUGCGCAAGCAGCAGCGCCUCCAGGCGCGCCAGCCCAGCUACACGUCGAUAUCCCUGCGGGGCCUGAAUGCCAGUCGGCCCAACAGUCAACUCGGCUCGCUGACCUCCAUCUUCGAUCGGGCCAAGCAAAUCGCCGACGAGAGCAACCAGGCCGAGCACGACCAGCGCCUGGCCACGGUGACGCCCUCCCGCAGCUCCACGCUGGACCGGCACAGCUCGAAGGGCGCCCUGAGCAACGAGCUGCCCGAGUAUGCCUGCUCGCCGUCGCCCAUUCGCUGGAGCUUCCUGGCUGACGGCAAGUCGCCCACUGAGCUGGAGCUGGAGGGCGCCGUGGGUGGAGCUGCUGAGGCAACGGAGCCGACUGCGGAGGAUAAGAUGGAGGCCUGGCACGUGCCCCAGCCGGAGAUGAAGCCGUGCCGCAAGCUGACUAGCAACACGGAGACCAGCAGCUGGAAGAGCUCCCUGUAUGAUGACAGGCCCAGCACCUCGGCAGCGGCACGGAAGCGACGCGGCAGCAGCUACCACUGCGAGUUCGAGGAGUCGACGACCAUACUGUUUCACCAGGACCAGGAGGGAGAGCCGUACAACAACUGUUGCAGCAACUACAUACAGUGCAACACCUAUCUGGAUCAGGACCUGCAAAUCACCAGCGAGGACAUCCAUCAGUACCUGUCCAAGGGCAAUCCGAUGGCGGGCGAUGUGCUCAACAAUUCCAAGAACUAUCCGUUUCAGCCCAGCAAUGCGCUUGAGUUCCAGUACAAGAACAACUUUCAGCAGGGUAACAACAACACGAACAACAACACCAACACCACAAACACGGCUUCAAGCGACGCUGGCGAAUGCUUCCAUCGGUACGAGCGCAGCUGCCACACCAGCUCCAGCAAGGAAACGAAUCUGAAUCAGAACUCGGGUGGAGCCCAGGCGGCGCUGGAGCAGGAGCCGCUGUCUCCCAGCAAUAUCAACCUCUCGAGCAGCAGCAACAACAUCAACAUUGUGUUUGGCAGCGGCGGCCAGGAGCGGAACGCCAACGAGGUGAAGUUCAUCAACAAUCGAGCAGGCGAGCGGGAGCGGGAGGCCGAGGCGUCGGUUAGCUCCGAGGCGCACCACGCCGGCUACCUGCCCUACACGUAUCCCAGCUACGACUACUCGAACAUGUCCGGCAAUUCGCACUUCGAGAAGCCGCUGGCCAUCGAUGAGCUGCCCAAGGAGUUUGCUGGCAUGCACCUCGACGGCGGUGGCUCCACGACCAGCGAGCACUCGUCAUCGUUGCACUUUGACUCGUUUGACGCCGCCUCGGAGCAGAACUUGCUGUCGCAGCCCAUGUCGCCGGGGUCGCCAGCAUCGGUUUCAGUCAAUCCUGCUGCCGAUGGGUACAUGCACCACGCCCACUUCGAUCAGCAUCAGCCGCAUUAUCAUGGCCAGUACACGCAUGCGCAUCAAUUGCACCCACACAUGCACAGCCACGCCCACGCCCACGCCCAUGCCCAUGCCCAUGACCAUGACCAUCACAGCACCAGCACCAUCACCAACACCAACACCCACACCAACAACAGCAGCACGCUCCACUAUGGCACCCACGACCUGACCGAGGACCAGUUCCGGCUGGGCAACGCCCUCAAGAAGGUGCGCAAGCGUGCACGCAAAUACACAGACUUCCUGCGCAAGAAGUGAUCCGGGACCGUGAGCCAGACCCCCGCUGAUCAGCCUUACUAUUCCCAUCCCUAGAUUCGCCCUACUUUGGCCGCAAGUAUGUGGUCGUCUCGAAGUCGCGGGCGACGCAGCCGCGGCGGUCGCAGAGCCUGGAUGAGGAUUAGCUGUGGACGGACCAUUCGAUUGCAUUCUCAGCUCACUCUUUUCUAAAAGCAAUAAUUCAACAUUUUUCGUCGCCACACACACACACACACACACACACACACACACGCAGAUCGCGAAAUGAAUAAAUAACUUAAAUUUGUACACUGCCAAAUGAUAAAGAUGAUUUAAAAAUUGUUUAUUUGUGGUAAGCUAAAUUGUAUUGUGCGAUAUACACACACACACACACACAGACACAGACACACUUACACUAAGGCAGAUUAAGUCAUUCGAGUACGGCAGCCAGCUACCAAAUAACAA